AUGUGGGUUGUAACAAUUGAUGCAGUUGGAAUAUCAAAAUUUGCAAAAUAUCCAGUUGAACAGGUAUCAUCGCAAUCUACAAAAUAUCCUGCUCUUGGAAACAUUGUUGUAGGGUUUGAGAAAGUGGCUAAUGAAAUUUUAGAACAACUUGUUAGAGGACUAGACCAGCUGCAAAUUAUUUCCAUCUUUGGUAUGCCUGGACUUGGUAAGACCGCGUUAGCAAAUAAACUAUAUAAUGAUCCUUCUCUUGUCGAUCCUAUUGACAAGCAUUCCUGGUGUGUUGUUUCUCAAACAUGUAAUAAGAAAAAUUUGUUGAUUGAAAUUUUGAGCUCAAUGGAUCGUGAUCAAAGAGAAACAUUUAUGGAUAUGGAGGAAGAAAGUUUGGUGGAAAAACUUUACAAAGCCUUAAAAGAAUUGCGGCACCUCAUUGUGAUGGAUGAUAUAUGGGAUAUCAAUGUGUGGAAUGAUUUGAAAAGAUAUUUUCCAAAUGAUAAAGCUGGGAGCAAAAUCUUAUUCACCACUCGAUAUAAAGAAGUUGGUUCGAAAGCUUCACCUUAUAGUGGUAUAAAUGAAUUUUCUUUUCUGUCGGAUGCUGAAUGUUGGGAAUUAUUAAAAAGGAAGGUGUUUGAAGAUAAAAAAUGUCCUCAAGAAUUGUUAAACAUUGGGAAGAAAAUUGCAACAAGUUGCAAUGGCCUACCACUUGCAGUGGUUGUGAUAGCUGCAGUUCUUGCAAACACGGAGAAGAAAGAACAAUUGUGGCAAGAAGUUGCAAGAAAUUUAACAUUUGAGGAAGAUGAGGAAAUCCUAGUACAAGAAUUGAUAUCUCUUUGGAAGGCCGAAGGAUUUAUAAAGAAGGAAGAUCAUAAAUGCUUAGAGGAUGUGGCCCUAGAAUAUUUGAUGCAACUAAUUGAUAGGAGCUUGGUAUUUAUUUCCAAACGAAACUUUGAUAGUCAAGUCAAAACUUGUAAGGUUCAUGAUCUACUGCGUGAAAUAUGCUUGAAAAUAGGUGAAGAAAAGAACUUUUUGAAGGUGCUCAAAUUGUGCUCUUUGCCUUUUGGCCUACACAUGCGCUCUCUUCGAUGUCAUAAUCGUGUGAUGACCAGUUUAAUCCCAAGCAGCUUCAAUGUUCUUAGUGCCUUGGAAUUUCCAGAAGCCGUAGAGUUCAUAUUGUAA